AUGGAGAAAAAUGAAUUUGAUUUUACUGGAAUAUUUCCAAAUUGUACAGACAAUUUUUUAUGGGGUAUAUACGAACAUAGAAGUAGCAAUAGCCAACAAGAUUUUACUAAAUUAUGUAGUCGUUUUAAAAAUAAUGUAACAAAUAGUGAUUAUAGCACUCAUAAUUUUGUUCAAUAUUGCCAAGUUCUUGGUUUAUAUUUAGAGCACAUAUUUAAUAAAAAAUCAUCGUUAGAACCAAAAUCAUGUUGUAAAUUAUUCUAUUAUAAACUGAAAAAAGAUAUAAUGGAUAAUUUUACAUUAAAUUGUACUGAAGCUAAUAAUUGUUAUAUGAAAAUGAUUGAACAAACAGGUGUUAACAUUAGUAAUGAGAUAUUGGGGGUAUGUAAGGAUUAUUUUGUCCAUGUUGAUACAGACGCAUUAAAAAUAAUGGAAAAUCUUUUUGAAAUAUAUAAGGACAUAAAUCUUUUUAAUACUAAUUCAUCUCAGAGGACCACUACAAAAAUGCAUCCAUUUAAGAGUUCCAUAGAAAAAUUAGAAAAACAUCCUGAUAAGUAUAAAAGUCAACUUAAGACAGAAUUCGAAAAAAUUAUUGAAAUAUGUAAAGGCUAUAAAAAAAAUUGGACUUAUGCUCCUAUAUCUCAUGCCGCAUCUCUUUUAUCAGAUAAAUGGAUAGAUGAAACAAGAAAGAAAAUCAAUGGGGAAGAUACCGGAGAAACAAGAAGUAAUGAGAGACACAGAGAAACGUUGCAAACCAAUGUAUUAGAAGCUGAAGCAUUAAUGGGCACUAUGACAGAGGGUGAAACACACACAGGAAUAAGUAUUGGAACGAUAUUUAUAACUUUUUCAAUAUUAAUAAUUAUGUUUAUUUUAUAUAAGUAUACCCCUUAUUUUUCAUUUUUAAAACCAAGGGAACGAAAAUUAAGAAGGUUACAUAAAAAUAAGAAAAAUAAUAUGGACUUUAUACAUACAUUUGGUGUUGAAUAUAAAAAUUCAGUAGAUAAUAGGUAUAAAAUAUCAUAUAGUUAA